ACGCGGGGACGCGAGGACGCGGCUUUGUGCAGGCGGGUCGCGGGGCGCCCAUGGCGGAGUGCGGCCGGGGGGGCGCCGCCGGCGGGGCCCUGCCCACCUCCCCGGGCCCGGCCCUCGGCGCCAAGGGCGCCCUGAAAGCCGGAGUAGGGGAAGGCGGUGGCGGGGGAGGUCGCCUCGGCCACGGGCGGGCGCGCUAUGACAGCGGCGGGGUUUCCAACGGAGACUGCAGCCUCGGCGUGUCCGGCGACGAAGCCCGGGCCAGCCCUGCCAGGGGACCCCGCGGCGUUGCGCUCGCCCCGACCCCCAGCGCGGUUGUCUGUCCCGUCCCCCGGGAGAGCAAGCCGGGCGGCCUGCCCCGCCGGAGCAGCAUCAUCAAGGAUGGUACAAAACAGAAGAGGGAACGGAAAAAGACAGUCUCAUUCAGCAGCAUGCCAACAGAGAAGAAGAUUAGCAGUGCAAGUGAUUGUAUUAAUUCAAUGGUUGAGGGUUCAGAACUCAAAAAGGUUCGCUCCAACUCUAGAAUUUAUCAUAGGUACUUUUUACUGGAUGCCGACAUGCAGAGCCUAAGGUGGGAGCCAUCUAAGAAGGAUUCUGAGAAAGCCAAGAUUGACAUUAAAUCCAUCAAGGAAGUAAGAACAGGAAAAAACACAGACAUAUUCCGCAGCAAUGGCAUUUCUGACCAGAUAUCUGAAGAUUGUGCAUUUUCUGUCAUAUAUGGAGAGAAUUAUGAGUCACUGGAUUUGGUUGCCAACUCUGCAGAUGUUGCAAACAUCUGGGUUACAGGACUGCGGUACCUAAUUUCUUAUGGAAAACAUACACUUGAUAUGUUAGAAAGUAGCCAAGAUAACAUGAGGACUUCUUGGGUUUCACAAAUGUUUAGUGAAAUCGAUGUAGAUAACCUUGGACAUAUAACUCUGUGUAAUGCUGUGCAAUGUAUCAGAAACCUCAAUCCCGGUUUAAAAACAAGCAAAAUUGAGCUUAAGUUCAAAGAAUUGCAUAAAUCAAAGGACAAAGCUGGUACAGAGGUCACAAAGGAAGAAUUUAUUGAGGUUUUUCAUGAGCUUUGUACUAGACCUGAAAUUUAUUUCCUUUUAGUUCAGUUUUCAAGCAAUAAAGAAUUCCUUGAUACCAAGGACCUUAUGAUGUUUCUUGAGGCAGAACAGGGUGUGGCACAUAUAAAUGAGGAAAUAAGCCUUGAAAUUAUUCACAAAUAUGAGCCAUCCAAAGAGGGUCAGGAAAAGGGCUGGCUGUCCAUAGAUGGGUUCACUAAUUACCUUAUGUCACCUGACUGUUAUAUAUUUGAUCCAGAACAUAAGAAGGUCUGUCAGGAUAUGAAGCAACCUCUGUCUCAUUACUUUAUAAAUUCAUCUCAUAAUACAUACUUAAUAGAGGAUCAGUUCCGAGGUCCCUCCGACAUCACAGGAUAUAUUCGAGCUCUUAAAAUGGGUUGCCGGAGUGUUGAAUUAGAUGUAUGGGAUGGGCCAGACAAUGAACCUGUAAUUUACACAGGCCACACCAUGACCUCUCAGAUAGUUUUCCGCAGUGUCAUCGAUAUUAUUAACAAGUAUGCAUUCUUUGCUUCAGAGUAUCCUCUUAUCUUGUGUUUAGAAAACCACUGUUCCAUUAAACAACAGAAGGUAAUGGUUCAGCACAUGAAGAAACUUUUAGGAGACAAGCUCUAUACAACAUCACCCAAUGUUGAGGAAUCUUAUCUACCAUCCCCAGAUGUCCUGAAAGGGAAAAUACUAAUUAAAGCAAAGAAGCUGUCCUUAAAUUGCUCUGGGGUAGAAGGAGAUGUUACUGAUGAAGAUGAAGGAGCGGAAAUGUCUCAGAGGAUGGGAAAAGAAAACGUGGAGCAACCCAACAAUGUGCCUGUGAAGCGAUUUCAGCUUUGUAAAGAACUAUCUGAACUGGUCAGCAUCUGCAAAUCAGUUCAGUUCAAAGAAUUUCAGGUGUCAUUUCAGGUUCAGAAGUAUUGGGAAGUCUGUUCGUUUAAUGAAGUGCUUGCCAGCAAGUACGCCAAUGAAAAUCCAGGGGACUUUGUAAAUUACAACAAGCGUUUUCUUGCUAGGGUUUUUCCCAGUCCAAUGAGAAUUGACUCCAGUAACAUGAACCCUCAAGAUUUUUGGAAAUGUGGUUGCCAAAUUGUAGCCAUGAACUUUCAGACACCAGGACUGAUGAUGGACCUGAAUAUUGGCUGGUUUAGGCAGAACGGAAACUGUGGCUAUGUCCUCCGGCCAGCCAUCAUGAGGGAGGAGGUCUCCUUCUUCAGUGCCAAUACAAAAGACUCUGUCCCAGGGGUCUCACCUCAACUUCUUCACAUUAAAAUCAUCAGUGGGCAGAACUUUCCCAAGCCCAAAGGAUCAGGUGCCAAAGGUGAUGUGGUGGAUCCUUAUGUCUAUGUUGAAAUCCAUGGAAUCCCUGCUGAUUGUGCAGAACAAAGGACAAAAACUGUGCACCAGAAUGGAGAUGCUCCCAUUUUUGAUGAAAGCUUUGAAUUUCAAAUCAACCUGCCUGAACUGGCCAUGGUGCGCUUUGUAGUGCUGGAUGAUGACUACAUCGGGGAUGAAUUCAUCGGCCAGUAUACAAUUCCCUUUGAAUGUUUACAGACGGGCUACCGCCAUGUCCCCCUGCAGUCCUUAACUGGAGAGGUCCUUGCACAUGCUUCUUUAUUUGUCCACGUGGCUAUUACUAACCGAAGAGGAGGAGGGAAGCCUCAUAAAAGGGGCCUUUCUGUGAGAAAAGGGAAGAAAUCCAGGGAAUAUGCAUCUUUGAGAACGUUGUGGAUUAAAACUGUGGAUGAGGUAUUCAAGAAUGCCCAGCCCCCUAUACGGGAUGCCACAGAUCUGAGGGAAAACAUGCAGAAUGCGGUGGUGUCAUUCAAGGAGCUGUGUGGUCUGUCCUCUGUGGCCAAUCUCAUGCAGUGCAUGUUGGCGGUGUCCCCCCGCUUUCUGGGGCCUGACAACACACCCCUAGUGGUCCUGAAUCUCAGCGAGCAGUACCCCACAAUGGAGCUGCAGGGAAUUGUGCCGGAGGUUCUGAAGAAGAUCGUAACAACUUAUGACAUGAUGAUUCAGUCCCUCAAGGCGUUGAUUGAAAAUGCAGAUGCUGUAUAUGAAAAGAUUGUACAUUGUCAGAAGGCAGCCAUGGAAUUCCAUGAACACUUGCACAGCAUAGGCACCAAGGAAGGUUUGAAGGAAAGAAAGCUACAAAAAGCAGUGGAGAGCUUUACCUGGAAUAUUACCAUCUUAAAGGUAAGAAAGCCAGGAAGGAAGAGUAUUUUCGUGCCUCAGACUCCCAUAAUGGUAUGAGUACCCUCCUUCUUCUCCUCCCUCACACUGCAUGUGAUUUGGAAGAAAAGUGCCUGCUGGCCCCCAGGAAAUGGCAAGUGCUAAUCUUUGCUCUCUUCAACACCCAAGCAUGUGGCCAUUACACAGAUGGCAGAGGGCAGGGGAAGUCUUAGCUGCCACACUGGAUCCCUCACCUCAGAAGUAAGACAACUGUUUUUCUCUAAUAGAUAGUUGGACAAAAGGACUUUGAAAACAUUAGCCAGUUGUAGAAUCCCUGUUGUUUUGUCCCUACGUCUAAAUAAAAGCAAUGACUUGUACUUGUUAAUUUUGGCUCCUAAAAUGUAGCACUAACAGAUGUGUCUUGAAAUAUUUUUAAUAUAUUAAAAACUAGAACAUCUUUUGUGGUCAUACGGAAAGUAUGGUGAUUAGCCCAAGGGUUGAGCACAGCUGGGGUGCGGUUCUGGCAUUUGGAGCUGCCAUCAUUCUUUUCCUGGCUGCUGCGGCCUCUGAUCCAAUCCCAGGUAAGCCACAGGCCCAGCCAGAAAAAGCACGGUCAUGCCAGACUCGCAGCAAGAGCUGCUGGGAUCCAGCCACUGCCCUCAGUUACAUCUUUUAAAGAUUACUAAGUAAGAACCUUAAAUAUUUUGACCUAAGGUUGUUAAAAACUCUUUCAAGAUGAAAACCAAAUAGAAUAAGUUAAAAAAAAUUCAAACCAGAAUGUGUGAAAUCAAAUGACAUUUGAGUUGUUCAGCUGAAAACAUUGCAAAGCCAGCUUUGUGGAAGGAGUCUUCAAAACCAGACACCCUGUGUCAGUGGGUGGCAGUGUUUUAAGUAACCUUUGCUCUUUUCAAGUCUUUUGAAUCUAUGAAAUAUGAACACUGCUACAACAAACACCCCCACCUCUUUCAGAUUUUUUUAUUUUUUUUUUUGAGACAGUUUUGUUCUUGUUGCCCAGGCUGCAGUGUAAUGCCACAGUCUUGGCUCACUGCAACUUCCGCCUCCCGGGUUCAAGCAAUUCUUAUGCCUCAGCCUCCCAAGUAGCUGGGUUUACAGGUGCCCACCACCAUGCCCAGCCAAUUUUUUUGUAUUUGUAGUAGAGACGAGGUUUCACCAUGUACUCCUGACCUGAGGUGAUCUGUCUGCCUUGGCCUUCCAAAGUGCUGGGAUUACAGACAUGAGCCACCAUGCCUGGCCAGAAUUGUUCUUCACUCACGCUGCAUGCCUUACCUCCAAGAUGUCUUAAACAUGUAUUUUUAGACACAUAGAACAAACUAAAAGUGAUGUGGACAAAGUUCAGCAGCUUCUGAAGCCCAGAUUUAUUGCCUUUGGGAGUCCAUUGUGUCUUGCCUUGGUAACGUCCAAAGGCCUAUUCUGUUCAAGAUACCAUGAUGACUUCUCUGAAGUUGAGAAAUGUAAGAUUCAACGAGAUGAAGGAUUCUGCUAUUACCACAUUAAUUACCAUAUGCCAUCUGGGGAUUUUUGUUGUUAAAUACCCUGUCAUCAUGUAGUAGAUCUAUAUAUGCUGACAUGGAAAGAUCGCUAAGACAUAACUUUUCUUAAAGAAAAAGGGAAACCAAAGAACAAUAUAGAUUGCUUGAUUGUAUUUACAUUAAAAGUAAAAUAAGAUAACUGUUUGUAAUAUACAUAUAAUGCCGAGAAAAAGACAAAACUCAUUGUUUAGGGGGCAGCUGUGAGAUUAAAGGGGAGACUUUCACAUUUUACUUUAAUUACGUUACUUUAAAUGCAUUCAACAGAUGGUUAUGGAGCCCUGACUCUGUACCUGGCACUGUUCUAGGCUCUGAGGAUUCAGCAUUGAUCAGAAGACAAAAAUUCCUGCCCUCAUGAAGUUUACAUUUAGUGGAAGAGACAGACAAUAAACCAAGCAGUAGAGUAAGGCAAUAAGUAUUAUGGAAAAAGCAAGGCCGGGAAGCAGUAAGGAGAAUUACGGACAGGAAGUGAGAGUUCUAAUUAGACAAGAUGGGGCUGUCAGAGAGGGCGCUGCUGUGAAGAGGACAUCAGAGUCAAGAUGGCAUCAAGGGGAGGGGAGGGAGCUAGCCAGGUGCAUUUCUGUGGCAAGGGCAUUCCCUGUAGAGGGAACAAUGAGUGCAUAGACAUUGAGGCUGGACUAAAGAGGACCUGAUGGGUUUGAGGAACAUUUAGGAGCGUACCAUAUCAGAGGCUGGGUGAACACUACAGGUUGGGUGGGUGGGUGAAAGAAGUCAGAUGAGGCUGUGGGCAAGGACUUUGACUCUCACUCUGAGUUAUUUAGGGGAGCUGCUGAAGAGUUUUAAACAGAGAGGACUGGGAUGUCCUGUGUUUUAAUUUGAGCUCUCUGGCUGUCAUGUUGAAAAUCGAGAGGGAAGACCAGUCAGAAUAAACUUCAAGAAAGAUUAUGGUGGCUUAAACCACAAUGGUGGCAGUGAAGAUGGUAAGAAAUGGUGAGAAACUUUAUAUAUAUGUUUUGAAGAUUGUGACAGUAGGACCUACUGACAGGUGGGAUGAUAGAUGGAAGAAAAAGGGAAGAGUAAAUAAUGACACCAGGGUCCUUGGUCCAGGUCAAGAAUGGGGUUGCUUUGACUGAAGAGUAGCUGGUAGUAGGAGUAGUAGCAGGAUAUCAGAAACUCAACUGGACGUGUGAUGUCCAAAGAAUGAUGCCUAGAUAGGCAUUUUGGUAGGUACUAAUUUUUAUUAAUAAAAAUAAUAAGAGCAUACAUCAAUGAAAUUAAAAACAGAAAGUGCAUAGAGAAAAAUCAAUAAAACCAAAAGCCACUCCUUUGAAAACCUUAUUAAAAUCAAUAAGUCUUUAGUCAAGCUAAGAAAAAAGAUGAUACAAAUUACUAAUGUCAGAAAUGAAAUAAAGGACAUCACCACAGAUUUUAUGGACACUAAAAGGACAAUGAAGGAAUAUGAUGAACAAUUCUAUACCCACAAACUUGAAAACCUAGAUGACAUAGGCCAAUUCCUUGAAAGGUAAAAUCUGCCAAAACUCACAUAAGAAGAAAUAGGCAAUCUGAAUAAUUCUAUAUCUAUUAAAGAAAUCAAAUCAAUAAUUAAUAAGCCUCCAAAACAGAAAGCACCAACCCAGAUAGGUUUACUGGCUUCUACUAAACAUUUAAAGAAGAAAUGAUACCAAUACUCUACAGUCUCUUCCAGAAAAUAGAAGCAGAGUGAAUACUUCCUAACUCAUUCUAGCAGGCCAGUUUUAUCCUAAUACCAAACCAAAGACAUUAGAAGAAAAGAAAACAAUAGACCAGUAUCUCUCAUCAACACAGAAGCAAAAAUCCUUAACACACUAUUAACAAUUAAAAUCCAAAAAUGAAUAAAAAGAAUUAUUCACCAUGAUCAAAAGGAAUUUAUACUGGGUAUACAAGGCUGAUUUAACUUUUGAAAAAUCAACUAAUGUCAUUCAUCAUAUCAACAGGCUAAAAAAGAAAAAGUUCAUGGUUAUAUCAGUAGAUGCAGAAAAAACAUUUAACAAAAUUCAACACCCAUUCAUGAUAAAAAUUCUCAGUGAACUAGGAAUAGAGAGGACCUUACUCAACUUGAUAAGGAACAUCUACAAAAAUCAUACUGCUUAUAUCAUAUUUAAAGGUAAGAAACUCAAAGCAAUCCUGAUAAGAUUAGGGACAAAGCAAGGAUGUUCUCUGACACCAGUGCUUUCAACAUUGACCUGGAAGUCCAGUCCUAACUAAUGCAGUAAGACAAGAAAAUAAAAUAAAAGGUAUAUGUCUUGAGAAGGAAGAAAUAAAACUGUCUUUGUUCACAGAUGAUAUAAUCAUCUAUGUAGAAAAUCCAAAAGAAUUGACAAAAAAAUCUCCUGGAACAAUAUAAUAAGCAAUUAUGGCAGGGUUGCAGGAUACAAGGUUAAUAUACAAAAAUCAAUUGAAUUUUUUUUUAAGAAAAAAAAUUUUGAGACAGGGUCUCACUCUGUCACCCAGGCUGGA